GCCUUUAUGCCAAAAAGUUGAGGCGGAAAAGGAUUCACAGUCGUGGAAGCAUUUGGUAGGGCACUCUUCCAAGUCGGUGAAGGGCGGUAGAAAAUCAGGAAGGACGAUGUCUGGAAUAAACAGAAAGGAAAUGGGCAAGAAUGUAGUGCAAAUAUCUCUGUGUGUUGGCGGAAGGGGCAGAGUGAGAGUGAGAGUGAUAAUGAGAAUGAUGGGCUUGGGAUGCGCUCAAAACUCCCACUUUUAUUUACACUUGUCUUCUCCCCCUGGUGUGCAGAUCUCGAGAAGGCAGAGGGUGAUCUGUGAUCAGAGAGCAACGAAUUACAUGGAGAAAUUGAAGGGGAGCGUGUGGAGAAUGGUGAAUGUAAUACCCGAGUGGGCGGAUGAAAUAAAGGAGAGGGGAAUGCAGCAACGGAGGGCGUUGUACAGCCACGACGACUGGCUCAAGCACCGGAGCUCCAAGCGCCACAUCAGGCACUGGCUCUCGAGCUUGUCGUCCAGAGUGAUCUUGUCGCUGGUGCCGCCAAUGUGCGUGGUGACAGUGUAUGCGGCGGCGGUGGCGAGUUACAACACCGGCGUGUCGAGCCACGUGUUGCCCGGGUUCAUGCCGUUGCUCCAUGCACCGACACUGCCAUCGGAGUUGGUGGCGCCGGCGCUCGCAUUGCUCCUUGUGUUUCGCACUGAGGCGUCUUACUCGCGCUACGAUGAGGGGCGAAAGACGUGGACCAAUGUCAUCUCUACUACCAAGGACUUUGCUCGCCAUGCCAGUGCAUGGAUCAGGAUUGAGAAUGGGGGUGGGACCCAUUCAACCCUGUCCUCUGACUUGCUCGCUUACAUCAUGGCAUUUCCUGUUGCCCUCAAGUGCCACAUAAUUCAUGGGUCGGAUGUUGAGCAAGACUUGGGAAGAUUGCUUUCAAAAGAGGAUUUGGCACUUGUUCUCUCUUCUCACCAUCGUCCCAAUUGUAUCAUCCAAUUUCUUUCAGAAUCUCUCAUGUACCUUCCCCUUGAUGACUCCAAGAAACAAGUUUUGGACUCUCAUAUUUCAGAGUUCAACGAGGCUGUGAGUGUGUGUGAGAGACUAAUCCGAUCACCAAUUCCUCUAUCAUACACACGAUUGACAUCGAGGCUUUUAGUGUUUUGGCAUCUAACGCUUCCAAUAAUCCUAUGGGAUGAAUGUCAAUGGAUGGUGGUCCCUGCUACACUCUUCAGUGCAUCAUCUUUGUUUUGUAUUGAGGAGGUUGGAGUCCUAAUUGAGGAGCCUUUCCCUAUCCUUGCACUAGAUAAGAUGUGUGCAAUAGUUCAUGAGAACAUCAUGGAAAUGUUAAAGUUUCACAACCGAGUUGAAGACCACCUUCGCCACAAGAUGGAUAGAUUACCCCUAAUAUCCUCAGAUUUUAACAACUUAAUCUCACCUCCAUCAUGUCUUUGCAUGGAGUCCCACAAGCAACCCUUUUAAAGUUAAUCUCCCAUUUUUUUCUUCAUAAUUUACCAUGAUUUGCACGAUGAAUUGAUGUCCCACAUACAACCCUUAUAAAGUUAUUCCCCGCUCUUCUCUCUUCAUACUUUACCAUGAUUUGCAUGGUGAAUUGUUGUUGACCUCUCCUACCCAUGAAUCAUGUAGAUAUGUAUUUCUUUAUCUAAUUAUAGAAUUAUGUAGACGGAUUUAAAUUAUAUUCUAUUUCCACAUAAAGAUCCAUAGUUUUCUUUUUUGGCUA